GAGUGCAGUGGAAUGGACUGGAAUGGAGUGGACUAUAAUGGAGCGGAGUGCUGAGAAUAUGAUUGUAGAGCCAGUUUGGUCGGAGAUGGACAAUGGCUCUUUCCCGAGGUCUGAGAUGCUGUGCCCGGGUGUUUUCCUGGAUACCUGUCCUCAUAAUCACCUCCGUGGUGCUGUGGUCCUACUACGCCUAUGUGUUUGAGCUAUGUGUAUUCACUAUCAGCAACACAUUGGAGAAGGUGGCCUACCUACUGGUGUUCCAUGUGUGUUUUGUGAUGUUCUCCUGGACCUAUUGGAAGGCCAUCUUCACUCCUCCUGCCACACCCUGCAAGAAGUUUCAGCUGUCGUACUCCGACAAGGACCGUUAUGAGAGGGAGGAGAGGCCUGAUGCUCAGAAACAGAUUCUGGUGGACAUCGCUAAGAGUCUCCCCAUCUUCACUAGAGCUACGUCUGGAGCUAUCAGGUUCUGUGACCGGUGCCAGGUGCUGAAGCCUGACCGCAGUCACCAUUGCUCUGUAUGUGAAACGUGUGUUCUGAAGAUGGAUCAUCACUGUCCAUGGGUGAAUAACUGUGUGGGGUUCUCCAACUACAAGUUCUUCCUCCUCUUCCUAUCCUACUCCAUGGUCUACUGUGUGUUCAUCUCUGCCUCAGUCUUCAGAUUCUUCAUCAACUUCUGGGUGGGGGACCUGCCAAAUGGACCUGCUAAGUUCCACGUUCUCUUCCUGAUGUUUGUGGCUUUGAUGUUCUUGGUCAGUCUCAUGUUCUUGUUGGGUUACCACUGCUGGCUGGUCGUCCAGAACCGGUCCACACUAGAGGCGUUCUCUGCUCCAGUCUUCACGACAGGACCAGACCGUAAUGGUUUCAAUGUGGGGAUCAGGAGGAACCUGCAGCAGGUGUUUGGAGACAAUAAGAGACUCUGGUUCCUGCCUAUCUGCACCAGCCAAGGAGAUGGCCACUACUUCCCUCUGAAGAGCCUGAGUGAAUCCUCAACCUCUCUAUUAGCCAAUGAGGAGAAAUGGGAUGAGGAGGAGGAGUCAGAGGACGACAACAUAAGUGGUGACAGGGAUCCCUCUGUUACCGUGGAGAUGGACGAAGAGUAGGAUCACUUUAUGGACUUUAAACGGUGCAGUGGGUGUUGUACCCUGAGGAGGCAGACAGACCCUGAGGAGGCAGACAGACCCUGAGGAGGCAGACAGACCCUGAGGAGGCAGACAGACCCUGAGGAGGCAGACAGACCCUGUGGGACCAUCAGACCUCAACGUGCAGCCAAAACGUUCUUAGACGUCACCUUCUCAAUAUCAGGAAGAGUUUUCAGUUCACCAUGGAGACAAUGUUAGGGGAACAGUUCACCAUGAAGACAAUGUUAGGGGAACAGUUCACCAUGGAGACAAUGUUAGGGGAACAGAAGUCCAUUAAUAUUAUGUCACAGUACACAAUUGUUUUAAGAGAAAGACCAUGUCUAGCACUGUCUCUCUACUACUGUCGUCUCUGUCUCUCUACUUCUGUCGUCUCUGUCUCUCUACUUC